GCAGCACGGAUGGAUUUCCCUUAGUUUCACUGUGUUAUCCCAGUUUCUUUUGUAGGUGGCGACAGAGAGCUUUUUUCUUUUUGUAUUUUUUUCCUGAAUGAUGUAAAUUGACGCCCUGAGUUUUCUCUGUCAGUCACCAUGGUGGCACAAAGCAGCAAGCCAGGGAGGUUCACUCUUCUUAUUAAAUGAACUGAAAGCACCUUUUAACAUAUUUUGGGAUUUUAACAACAUAAACAAGUGAACAUAAAGAGACAUGAUUUUAUCAAUUUUAUUGGAAACCAGUAUUUUUUUUUUUGUUCAUGUAAUGCUGGCGAUUGUAGACUAGCCUUCCCGGUUUAAAACCCUUUUAAAAAUUAUUAUUAAAAUGAGUUUUAGUUUGUUUUUUUAAGUGAUCACAGAACCACGUUUUUCCGAUUUCCAGACAGAACUGAAUGAACAUUACAGCGAACAAAAGAAGGAAACGUCUCCUGGCAGAUUCUGAGUUUGUUCUGUGGCGAUUGGGAUUGGGAUCGAAAAUAGAAAAGAACCCCCGGCUCUCACUGUGGCCUGGGGACAGAUAAUCUUGUUGUGGAUUUUUAAAAACGUUUUUAGUGAGUAAAAAGAUUGGAAAACAGGACUGGAUAGGUGUCGUCUGAAUUUAUUAGAACUACAAGAUCCAGUUUGAUCUGAGAAUUUUGUAUUCUUUACGAUGAGAAUGGCGUCCUACGUGGACAACAGUUUCCGACAGGCGGUGAUGAAAAACCCGGCCGAAAGGACGCAACAGGAUUUGGAAAUAGUGUAUUCGUACCUACAUGGAAUGGAAGCCUUGUCUAACCUAAGAGAACAUCAGUUAAGGUUAAUGUGUGAAACUGUAAGAUAUGAAAGACAUGAAGCAAACGAAGUGCUAUACUACCCUGAUGACAUUGGUACCUGUUGGUAUAUCCUGCUGUCUGGUUCAGUAUUCAUCAAAGAAUCCAUGUUUUUGCCAAGAAGCAGUUUUGGCAAGCGCUCUGCAGGAAGCCUUAGACGUGGUUGUGAAUGCAUUGUGUUGGAGCCUUCUGAAAUGAUUGUGGUGGACUAUAUGGAUGAAAAUGAGGAGUAUUUUCAGCGGCAAGCAUCUCACAGGCAGUCUCGCAGGAGAUUUCGGAAAAUUAACCCGAAAGGAGAGAGACAAACAAUUAUUGACACAGUGGAUCCGUACCCUGUUGGGAAGCCGCCGUUACCUCGAGGAUACCACACGGAAUGCACUAAACCUCAGCUUCCUGCAGAUUUCACCAAGCUCCACCUCACUGACAGCCUCCAUCCACAGGUGAUGCACGUUUCCUCCAGUCAUUCAGGAUGUAGCAUUACAAGCGACUCUGGGAGUAGCAGUCUGUCCGAUAUUUACCAGGCCACAGAGAGUGAGGCUGGGGAGAUGGAUCUGAGUGGGCUGCCUGAGACAGCAGUGGACUCUGAGGAGGAUGACGAUGAGGAGGAUAUUGAACGUGCUUCAGACCCUCUGAUGAGUCGGGAUAUUGUCCGUGACUGCCUUGAGAAGGACCCCAUGGACAGGACUGACGAUGACAUUGAACAAUUACUGGAAUUUAUGCAUCAGCUGCCUGCAUUUGCCAAUAUGACAAUGUCCGUGCGGAGAGAGCUGUGUGCGGUGAUGGUGUUUGCGGUGGUAGAGCGAGCCGGAACAACAGUGCUCAACGAUGGGGAAGAGCUGGACUCGUGGUCAGUGAUUUUGAAUGGGUCUGUGGAAGUGACGUACCACGAUGGGCGUACAGAGAUCCUGUGUAUGGGGAACAGCUUUGGGGUUUCCCCUACAAUGGAUAAAGAGUACAUGAAAGGAGUGAUGAGAACCAAGGUGGAUGAUUGCCAGUUUGUUUGCAUAGCCCAGCAGGAAUACUGCUGCAUCCUCAAUCAGGUAGAGAAGAACAUGCAGAAGGUAGAAGAGGAGGGAGAGAUUGUGAUGGUGAAGGAGCACAGGGAGCUUGAUCGCACUGGGACCAGGAAAGGACACAUCGUCAUCAAGGGGACAACGGAAAGGCUGACAAUGCAUCUGGUUGAGGAGCACUCUGUGGUGGAUCCCACAUUCAUUGAAGACUUUCUCCUGACAUACAGGAUCUUUCUCUCCAGCCCAAUGAUCGUAGGCAAGAAGCUGCUGGAGUGGUUUAAUGACCCUAGCCUCAGGGACAAGGUCACACGGGUAGUGUUGCUGUGGGUAAACAAUCACUUCAAUGACUUUGAAGGAGACCCAGCCAUGACUCACUUUCUUGAAGAAUUUGAAAACAAUUUAGAAAGAGAGAAAAUGUGUGGGCAUCUAAGACUGUUAAAUAUUGCCUGUGCUGCUAAAGCCAAACGAAGACUAGUAACACUAACUAAACCUUCCAGGGAGGCCCCUUUGCCCUUCACCCUUUUGGGAGGGUCAGAGAAAGGAUUUGGAAUCUUCAUAGAUAGUGUAGAAACUGGGAGCAAAGCUGCUGAAGCUGGAAUAAAACGUGGUGACCAGAUAUUGGAGGUUAAUGGACAAAACUUUGAGAAUGUUCAGAUUUCCAAAGCCACUGAAAUCUUGAAGAACAACACUCACUUGUCUAUCACUGUGAAAACAAACUUAUUUGUAUUUAAAGAGCUUUUAGCAAGGCCAGCUGAGGAAAAGAAGAAUGGCGCUCCCCAUCUACCCAAGAUCGGUGAUAUUAAGAAAGCAAGUCGCUACUCAAUCCCGGACCUGGCUGUGGACGUUGAGCAGGUGAUCGGCCUCGACAAAGCCAAUAAGAAGGCUAAGGCCAACACUGUAGGAGGAAGGAACAAGCUCAAGAAAAUACUAGACAAGACUCGCAUCAGCAUUCUACCCCAGAAACCAUACAGUGACAUUGGCCUUGGCCACUCUCAGGAUGACAGCAUAGUGGGGCUCAGGCAGUCAAAGCACAUCCCCCCUGCAUUGCCUGUGAGCGGGACCUUAUCUUCCAGCAACCCUGAUCUGUUACAGUCUCAUCAUCGCAUUCUGGAUUUCAACAAUCCUCCAGAUUUACCAGACCAGGUUCUACGGGUUUUCAAGGCAGACCAGCAGAGCCGCUAUAUCAUGAUCAGCAAAGACACAACUGCCAUGGAAGUCGUGGUCCAAGCUAUCCGCGAGUUUGCACUGACCGCAGCCCCCGAGGCCUACUCUCUAUGUGAAGUCUCAGUCACCCCAGAAGGUGUCAUCAAGCAAAGGCGGCUUCCGGAUCAGCUCUCCAAACUGGCAGACAGAAUACAGCUCAGUGGAAGGUAUUACCUGAAGAACAACAUGGAGACGGAGACGCUGUGCUCAGACGAAGAUGCCCAGGACCUGCUGCGGGAGAGCCACAUUUCGGUGCUGCAGCUCAGCACAGUGGAAGUGGCCACACAGCUAUCCAUGAGGAACUUUGAGCUGUUCCACAACAUUGAGCCCACCGAGUACAUGGACGACCUUUUCAAGCUCAAGUCCAAGACCGGCUCGGCCAACCUCAAGAAGUUCGAGGAGGUCAUCAACCAGGAAACGUUUUGGGUUGCCACGGAGAUCGUGAGGGAACAAAACCAGCUCAAGAGGAUGAAGAUCAUUAAGCACUUCAUCAAGAUCGCCCUGCACUGCAGAGAGUGCAAGAACUUCAACUCCAUGUUUGCAAUCAUCAGUGGAUUAAACUUAGCCCCAGUAUCAAGGUUGCGUGGUACCUGGGAGAAGCUUCCUAGUAAAUAUGAGAAGCUGUUUCAAGACCUGCAGGAUCUCUUUGACCCCUCCAGGAACAUGGCAAAAUAUCGCAAUGUCCUCAACAGCCAAAAUUUGCAGCCUCCCAUUAUUCCUCUCUUUCCUGUCAUAAAAAAGGAUCUCACAUUCCUGCAUGAAGGCAAUGACUCCAAAGUGGAUGGUUUGGUGAAUUUUGAGAAGCUAAGAAUGAUCGCAAAAGAGAUACGUCAUGUUGGCCGAAUGGCUUCUGUUAACAUGGAUCCUGCUCUGAUGUUCAGGACGAGGAAGAAGAAAUGGAGGAGUCUUGGAUCUCUCAGCCAGGGAACCACCAACUCUGCCGUGUUGGAUGUGGUCCAGACCGGAGGGCACAAAAAGCGUGUGCGUCGAAGCUCUUUCCUCAAUGCCAAGAAGCUGUACGAGGAUGCCCAGAUGGCCCGCAAGGUCAAGCAGUACCUGUCAAACCUGACCCUGGAUACCAAUGAAGAAAAUCUUCAGACCAUCUCCUUGCAGUGUGAGCCUUCCACCAACACAUUGCCUAAGAGUGGAGACAAAAAGAGUGGGAAGCCGGACACAUCUCCUGUAGUUCCCAGAGCUGCAAGUCAGCAGAAACAGCAGCAGCAGCAGCAGCAUCAACAGAAAGGAAAUCAGGCACUUCAGGUCCCUGCUGUUUCACUCUAUCCUUCUCGCAAGAAGGUACCGGUCAAGGAUCUACCACCAUUUGGUACCAGUUCACCUCAAGCCUUGAAGAAAAUCCUGGCCUUAUCAGAAGAAUCAGGUGACCGACAUAAAAAGCAAGCAGAGGACACCAUAUCAAAUGCUUCUUCCCCUCCCACAUCCCCUCAAAGUUCACCUCGGAAGGGUGGCAGUCAGCUGAGAUCUCACGGCUCCAGGCAGUCAGACCUAACCGGCUCCUCCUUUUUCCCGGGAAGUGAGAACAGUAACAGGAAUAACAAUGCACUGCGGACCUAUGGGAUAGGUUAUACGUUGGCUCCAAGUGGAACUGUGGACAAUUUUUCAGAUUCAGGUCACAGUGAAAUUUCGUCUCGUUCAAGCAUUGUUAGUAACUCUUCCUUUGACUUGAUGCCGGGUCUCAUGCAUGACGACAAGAGACAGAGGCACUCUGUCAGUGUUGUGGAUUCCAACCUGGGUGUGGGAAGGAUGGAAAGAAGAGCCACUAUAGAUCCUGAUCAAUACAGCCUUGGUUCAUACGCAUUGAUGCAAGAGGGACGGAAUCUGUAUCCUGGGGCUGCAGUCCUCUCUUCCCCGAGUUCAGAAGAACUUGCCCAGGACCAGGGGGACCGAGCCUCGCUUGAUGCAGCAGACAGCGGUCGAGGAAGCUGGACUUCAUGUUCAAGUGGAUCACAUGACAAUAUACAAACCAUACAACACCAGAGGAGCUGGGAAACACUGGCUUUUGGGCAUCCUCAUUUUGACAACUCAGCAGAAGGGGCUGGACUUUGGGCCUCUGGCUGUCAAAUGGACCAGAUGAUGUACUCAGACCCCAGCUCUAAGCUGUGCCAAAACAGCCAGGAUCACGGACAAGGCAGAGGGAGCUGGGCAUCCUCCACCGGCUACUGGGGGGAAGACUCUGAGGGGGACACUGGAACAAUAAAGAGGAGGGGUGGAAAAGAUGUUAACGCUGAUGCUGAAACAAGCAGCAUUACAACUUAUAGUGAAGACACAAAACUACACAAUAGACCUUCUCAUAUAACUGUGCCAUCUGGCACAGCAAAAAGUCUUAUUGCACGGAAGGAAGGCAGGUAUCGUGAACCUCCACCGACACCGCCAGGCUAUACUGCAUUGACAAUUUCAGACUUUCCAGAGGGCCAGGCACACCCAGGAAGGAAGCCCCCUGAUUACAAUGUAGCACUACAGCGGUCACGGAUGGUGACACGCCCCUGUGACUCGCAACAAACGCACAGUCACCCAGACACCAGGCCAGGGAGCCGACCACAAUGGCACAAACCAAGCGAAGCAGACCCACGACUGUCUCGCUUCCAGUCCCAAGGGUUCUCGGCUGAGGAGGAGGAUGGUGAGUCCAUGUGUCCAAAACUUAUUCCAAUGAGGAAGACAUUGGCAUAUGCACCUGAGACAGCCAGGCCAUGAAUAACAGGCAGGAAGAAGAUGAACAGGUGUCUGCAGUCUGAUAAGCCCCCUCCUGGAUAUUGUUUCCAGUGAUGCGAGCCACCCAACUGGAGAGCACAACAGGCACUGGAGCCCCGGACCUCCUUCAUUAGUUUGGUGGAUCCCACACGCCUCCUUCCCUGCCUUAAAGCAGCAUGGGGCAUUGUGUUCCCCUGCAUGUGAAAUACUGUGAAGAAAACGCCUUGGCACUUUGGAAAACUGUGUCACUUGAAAAUGCACAGCGCAGUAAGAAAACAAGCUACCGCUCUCGCUGUCCGCAACAAGGACCAUUCCAAGAUCCCCCCACCCUGUUUACACUUCAUCAAGAUUUGUCACGCUUUGGCUGCACUUUUUUAAACAUUUACUGCCUAAAAUGGUUUUACAGCUUCCUCUUAGAUUUUUUUAAAAUUGUGGCACUCUGAAUCAAGACAAGGUCACACUAUUGGCACAAACUCUGCAAACAAGGACACAGUGAUUAUCAUUCUGAUUUUAACUAGUUUUUAUGUUGCAGUUUUAUAGAACAAAUGUGUUUAAGUCUCCAUAAUACAGUAUUAUUUUACACAUUAGAAGUUAUAUAUUUUUUAAUUUUAGGAUUUCUUUUUUGUAAUAUUAUAAAUAAACUGGAUGACGUUGCAGUGAAAGGCAGCUUCAGAUCUUGCAUCAAAACUAUCUAAAAUGUACCUUUUUAAUUCCUGUGUAAUAUGUCAGAUUAAGGCGCAAACAAGCCUUUUCUUAGGACAGAUUCAGUACUGUGUAACAGUGUUUGCAAUGCAGAACCUGCAGAAUUAAGCUAAACGGAUAGUUGCUACAGUAGACUAAGCUGCAUGUCUAAUAAAGGCUGGCAUAAAACAACCUGCUCUCUGCUGCUAUUUAACCCCCAUUUUGAUGACUGAAGUACAACAGCAUUUGUAUUGUGUUGUCGUUGCACAGACUCCGGUAAAAUUGAAGGCUGCCAAUUUGGGUAGUACUCAAAUGUGAGGAACUGCUAGUCUUGUUGUUUUUUUUUUGUUUUGUUUUUAUUAUUAUUAUUAUUAUUAUUAUUAUUAUUAUUAUUAUUAUUAUUAUUAUUAUUAAUUAAUCUCAGCUGAUCAUAUUGAUCAGUAGGUGAAGUUAUAGAUUCAACUAAAAGAGAUUGCAGUGUUUCUUCACUGUAUUGUAUAACAUCAGUGCUUUAUUUAAGAUUUUGCUCUCCCAAGAAAUCAUGUAUUUUUUUUUUGCUUUUUCACUUUGCUGAUAUAUCAAAUUGUUAAUUAUGCAUUUGUAAUUCAACAGUAAUAUGCAUUAAUCAGUUUCAUUAUAUAGUCGAUGGAGACUGUGUGUAUAUAGGCAGGCAGAAUCCUAGUUCUAAUAAAAGUUGCACAAAGAAAUGUAUAAGCAUUAGGUAAUUGUAGUGCAUAGAACUGGUAAUCUCAGUUUGAUCUGUGAUGUCAAGUGCAAAAUGUACAUUUAACUGGUGAUUUCCUCAUACUUUUGAUACUACUUGUACCUGUAUGUCUUUUAGAAAGACAAUUGGUGGAGUCUGUAUCCCUUUUUUGUAUUUUUUAAUACAAUAAUUGUAAAUAUUGGUUAUAUUUUUGUUGAAAAUGGUAGAAAUGUACUAUGUUUAUGCCUCAACAUCCAGUUUAUAUAAAGCUGGGAAUCAAUAAAUAUUACAAAAAUCA